AUGACUACUCAAACCCCACCGACUGAGCCCUUCAUUGACAUUCCGGGAGUGCUGAACUUCCGAGAUAUUGGAGGUUAUCUGAUAUCUCACUCACCUGGCAAAAAAGUGCGGCUCGGAAUGGUGUUUCGGUCCGGCGAGCUAACCAAGAUUACCGAUGACGGCACAUCGAGCUUUCGAAAGCUUGAUAUCAAGACCAUCUACGACCUUCGUUCGUUACGCGACCGUAAUGCUCGAGGACCUGACCCUCCGCUUGGGGAUAUGAAGGUCAUUGAAAAGAUAUCCGCGCCGGUGUUCCUCGAGGAAGACUUCUCACCCGAAGCUAUAGCCAUACGAAACCAGAACUAUGGUAACGGCCCAGAGGGAUUCAUCCAAGCUUACUUGAGUAUCUUAGCUUCUGGGUCAUCUCCGUCUAAUGAGGCUAGGCCAUUCGCUAGGAUUCUUUCGCAUCUUGCUUCGGACAGCCCUCCUACACCUCUAUUGAUCCAUUGCUCGGCUGGCAAAGAUAGGACAGGCGUUAUUUGUGCGCUGAUACUCUCUUUGUGCGGCGUGUCUGACGAGGAUGUAGCGCGGGAGUAUAACCUCACGAAUAUAGGACUCAAGCCUCUUCACGAGACUAUUAUUACCAGUCUUAUGAAUAACGAAGAAUUUCGGAUGGAUGCCGAAGCUGCGCAAAAUAUGGUCUUGGCCGAGAAGGAGACUAUGCUAGGUACUUUAGGGGCGAUUCGGGAUUUCUAUGGAUCAGUGGAAAGCUGCGUCACAGGCCUGGGGCUCCUUUCAGACGAUGAGAUAGAGAAACUAAGGCAGAAUUUGAUUGUGGAUGUUUGA